GGAGUACGAGAAGACUACGUCACAGCGCAGAAACCUCUCAUUUAUAAAUUUUUCUCCAUCCCCAAGUAAUCAUCCUUCUUAACUUUUCAUCUCUUUGCAUCCAAACGUUUGCUUUGAAACUCCAAAUCCAGCCUCUCCUUCAUUUUGGACUUCGGGUUUCGGUGUUUUUUAUUUUUUAUUUUCUGGACUCUGAUACUUGGGAAGAGACAGAAAGGAAGGACAUACUAUGGAGUCUCAAACUUUUGGGCAUGAACAUUCACUGGUACUGUUGAAUGAAGAGCAGAUCAGCAAUGCAAGUGAAAAAGCUAAGUGUUCGAUGUGUGGGGAGAAGGUGUCAGCUCCAAGUUUUGGCUGUUUUGGGUGCCGGUUUUACCUCCAUAAGAAAUGUGCUGAGGCACCUUUGGAGAUCAAUCACCCUUUUCAUCGUGACCAUCCUCUUGCUCUUCUGCAAAGUCCACCAUCUUCUUAUACAUGGUGCGUUUGCUACUUUUGUAACAAAACAUGUAAGAGGUUCGUUUACCAUUGCUCUUGCAAAUUGGACUUUCAUAUCAAAUGUGCUUUGUUUACAUAUAAUAUUGCUGAAAAAAAUUUGCGAGAGCUUGAACAUGUUGCUCUUGAAGAUCCACCGAUUUCCACUGAAAGUGACAUUGGUGAAGAACUAAAAGACGUUAGUAAGUGCUUCGGGUGUUGGGAACCUUUGAUAAAUUAUACCCACUUUUCUCUUGAUUGUGGAUUUAAUCUACACAAAAAAUGUGUUGAUCUGCCUCUUAAAAUCAAUCACCCGAGCCAUCGUAAACAUCCUCUUCUUUUGCAAUUUAAUAGUGAACGACUUUCUUGCAAGAUAUGUCAAGAAACCCCACGAAGAGGAUUUGUUUAUUGUUGUUCACCUUGUAAAUUUGCUGUUCACAUUGGAUGUGUAUCACAACCGCCCGUUGUUGAAGAUAAAAGUCAUCAACACCCAUUCACCCUGCUCCUGAGAGAAGCUCCAUUCAUUUGUGAUGCUUGCGGUACAGAAGGAAAUUGUGUUGCCUAUAUAUGUUGUACAUGCAACAUUAUAGUCCAUAAAAAAUGCCUUUCAUUGCCACGAAUUAUCAGAAGCAAGUGGCAUGAGCAUCGCAUUUCUCACACAUAUUUCUUUCACGAAGAAGAUUUUAAAAGUCAGAAUUGCUUAAUUUGUCAUGAAGAAGUCAAUACAGAGUAUGGCAGUUACUCUUGUUUAAGUUGCAAUAUUAUAUUCCAUGUGAACUGUGUGACAAAGGACAAAGAUUCGUAUUUUAUAGUUUCACUCAAAAAUGAAGGUGAGAAAUCUAGUGAAAGUUUGGAACUUUUGCCUGAUAUAUCUAUUGAGUCCAUCACUUGUGUUUUUGAGAGAAACGAUGCUGGAGAAGCUACAAAAAUAAAGCAUUUCAAGCAUAUUCAUAACUUAAUGUUAAGUGACAAAAUCAGAGAGUGUGAUAAAAGUUGUGAUGGGUGCGUGUUACCAAUCUCGGAUUCAUUUUACUAUUGUUCACAAUGUGAUUUUUUUCUUCAUAAAGCUUGUGCUGAGUUACCUAAGAUGAAGCAUGUUUGGCAUCAUGAUUGCCAGCAACCUCUCAUCCUUACAUCAGAUGACGUUUUUAGAUGUGAAAAUUGUCGUUUCGUAUCUAAUGCCUUUGCAUAUAAAUGUGGUGAAUGUGAGAGACGGACAUGCCUUCGAUGUGUGAUUGCUCUAACUCCAGGUGCUCGAACAAGUCCAAAACAUGAGCACCCUCUCCUUUACUAUAACCAGUAUGAAGGGCAUUGUAUUGCUUGUGGUGAUGGUACAGAUGGGGCAUUCUGUUGUAAGGAGUGCAAUUUUGCUUUAGAUCCUGAAUGUUUUUCACUACCAACUGCAGCUCGACACAAAUGUGAUGAACAUCUUCUUAUACUCACAAAUCAUGAUGGCAAUAAUUAUUCAGAAUGUUAUUAUUGUGACAUUUGUGAGGAAAGAAGAGAUCCAAAUCAUUGGUUUUACCAUUGUGCAACUUGUGAUAAUUCUGCUCAUAUCGACUGUGUUCUUGGAAAUUUUCCAUUUAUCAAAUUGGGGGGUAUCUACAAGUACAAGGGUCAUCCACACCCUCUCACUUUUGUUAACAAGAUUUAUUACUACCCUGACUGCGUUAGAUGUGGUAAGCCCUGUCAAGGUUUGGCUCUCGAAUGUGCGAAGUCUGGAUGCAACUAUAUUGUUCACUGGAAAUGUAUAGCACCAAUUAAUCUAUGGUGGUCAAAUCGUUUCUGGAUAUAAGUCAGGAUGGAGCAGUUGUUGGUUUGGGAACUUGAAAACUACCACUUCAUUUGCAGGAAAUCUCAGGACUAGAAAACUGAGUAUAGUCCUUGCAUUGUUCCUUGUAAUAAUGCUUGUU